AUGAAUGAUCGUGGAAGGCCGAAUUCAUUGGACAGCGCCAAUGGGCACAAUAUACAGCCGCAAUCUGCUGGAGAGGAGCAGACAUCGCCACGGUCCGGCGAGUCAUUCCCUACAUCUUCGCAGACAUCUCUGUUCGGGUCGGAGUUGACGAAUACCACCGUGCAAACAACCGACGCGAUGUAUGAACCGACAUCGGUCACAUCGUCAAACACAAACGUUCUCGUGACGGCGACCACAGUAAUCUCUUCCAUCUCAUCAUCAACGGAGAUUCCUUCCCAAACGGGAGAUAGCAGCUCGGGAAGCAGCAAUACGAAGACAAUCGCUAUAGCUGUUCCAGUAUCUGUAGUUGGCGCUGCUUUGCUCCUCGGAGCGUUAUUCCUUCUUUUGAGACGCCGCGGUCGGAAAACUCGACAAGAGAAUCUAUCGAACCCCGACGUUGAUAUGGCUCAGGCAACUCGAACAAACCUGCUGCCACACAAUGGUAUUCCAUGGAACGUCGGACACGCAAGAUCCCAUGAAAUCCACUUCGAUGGCCCCUAUCCUUCUCAGGCCGCCUCAAAUGAUCACAUUCCAGAAGCCCAGCCAUACAAUCAAAUAAAUGCGGCGCCAAGAUCCCAACCAGCUACAUUGUCCGUCCCUACUCCUCCAGCUGCAGUCGCAGAGCAUAGACAACUAGAAGGUGGAUUUGGGUUGUCCGAAACCAGCCCCGUCACUGCUGGAUUACGAGCCGGAAGCGAAGAUCGUCCCCGCUCGCCGUUUGACCAUCCAUUGGACGAUGCCAUGUCCGAGGUGUCGGGUCUGAGUGACAGGCGGGGAGUCACGCAUAGUCGUGAUCUAGAUGAUAUUUCAUCCGUAUCCUCCAUCGGUGACCACGAACCCGCGACGCGCAGAUAA